AUGCCAAAUCGUGCCCCACAAGCCCUAGCACCACUAGCGCUUCCGGCGGUCGUUGAUGUCAAAGGUGAUGACUCCAUCAUAGAUAUCUUCGACGCGGUUGUCAUCCCGACGCAGCGUGAUGGCUCGCAGCUUGCGCUCGGAAUGUUGCAGCAAAAAGUAAUGGACAAGAUUACCCAACGCAAAGCGGCAACGGAGAAAAGGCAAUAG